AACACGAAACAAUGUGAAAAAACCCCCCUGAUUGCUCAAGCUUUUUUUUUUCACUGUGUGGUUUUUGGUAGGGCGGCACUCUAGCCCAAAGACAAGACAAACUAUCAGAUAUCUCACAAACAUAACAGGUUUUUCACCACAGUGCAACUCAGCAGAAGACAUGAGUUUAAGGUAAGUUUAGAGGAAUGUAACAUGCCUAUAGACAGUUAUUUGUCAGGUUUAAUUUUGAUGAAGUUUCAUUUUUCAUGUGAAAAAUUGUUGCACAAGUUAACUUUUAAUCUUUUUUUCAUGAUGUGGUUUUUGUUAAGGCAGAAUCUCUGAAUUAAUCUGAAAAAAAAAAAAAACCCCAGGAAAUAUUCAUUUUCAAAAGAACACCCUACAGCUUUUUCACAACAGUAAAAUUAAACAGAAGACUUGACAGUUGAUGUUUGCAAAGAUUGAAAAUGGCAAACUUCACAUCCACAUAUGACAAUGUGAGUGAUGGUGCUGCAUACCUUUGUGAUACUAAUGUUCCCACCAUCACUGGUCCCCUUUUCAUCUUGAUCUUCAUCCUCAGUAUCACAUGCAACAGUCUCCUCUUAUGUGUUCUCUUCAUCUACGAAAAUCUGAAAAGUAUCACAAAUAUUUUCAUCCUGAACCUGGCCUGCUCCGAUUUGAUCUUCACCAUCACACUUCCAUUCUGGGCUGUUGAUCAUCUUCACCACUGGGUCUUUCGGGACUUUGUCUGCAAAUUCGUGACUGCUGCAUUCUUUGUUGGUCUGUACAGCAGUGUCAUUCUGCUGACUGCCAUGACAGUGGAUCGUUUCAUUACUGUGGUGCUGCACAACUGGCCGAUCAGCUAUGCCAGAAUGAAGAGGUGUGCAAUUGGUGCCUGUAUAGCUGCCUGGGUCAUCAGCAUCUCAGCGUCCCUGAGUGAUGCAAUGAAAGUAAAGGUUGAAAACUGGUAUGGUAAAAACUAUUGCUAUUAUGAAUCUGAAGAAAAGCUUGGACGUUAUCUCCAAGUGUCACUGCUAUUCUUCCUCCCAUUUGCCAUCAUUAUUUUCUGCUAUUCUGCCAUCCUCAAGACAGUUUUACAAGGUUUAAACAGAAAGAAGUUCAGGACUGUGGCUGUGCUGUUGUUUAUUGUUGCAGUCUUUUUCAUUUGCUGGGGGCCAUACCAUAUUGUGCUUUUAAUCAAGUCUCUCAAUACAAACAAAGAUUGUAAUGUACUGAAACGGUUAGAAGUUGCCUACCAUAUUUGUGAAAUGCUUGCCUAUUCUCACUGCUGUAUGAACCCUCUGCUAUAUGUGCUCUCACAGAAGUUGCAAAAGCAUCUGUUGAAUCUUUUACGCUGUGAAAAAGUGAACAGGAAGAAGAGAGAGACAAGCACCAGCCUGAACACUUCACAACAUUUCACAUUGCAGAGCUCUGCUGUUUAGAUGGAACUGCACAACUAUCCAUUAAAAAGUCACUUGUGAUAUUGAACCUUGAUUCAGGCUGAUACAGUCAAAGUACUUUGAUGUGUAAGUGUAUUAACACACUCGCUGAGGCAAACAAAAGCAGUAGCUUUCGAUAAAAGCUACAGCACGGAAUCUUGGGAUAAUUUUUGAUCAAUCUCUGUCUGUUGAUGCUCAUAUCAAGUCUUUGAUCCGCUCCUGCUUUUUUCAUUUAAGAAAUAUUGCUAAACUUUUCUUUUUCUUCUCCAAAGUUGAAAUGGAGAUGCUUGUCCAUGCCUUCAUCUCCUCCCAGUUAGACUAUUGUAACGCAUUCUUUUCCUGUCUGGCUUCCCUAAAUCACCUUCAAGCGGUCUAAAAUGCUGCAUCAAGGCUUUUAACCCACAGUAAUAAAUUCUCCCAUAUCACUCCCAUGUUAAAAUCCUUGCACUGGCUUCCAGUUGGGUACAGAUAUCAGUUCAAAAUCCUCACUUUUAAGUUUAUGUCUUUACGAAAGGGCCUCACCUAAAUAUCACUGAGCUUCUUCAUCCCUACUCUCCAAAGAGGAUCUUUAGAUCCACUGAGUGGUCUUCUGAUGAUUCCACGGACCCGUUUGAAAACAAAGGGGGAUCGCACUUUUCAAACCCUUGCUCCAAUACUGUGGAACAGUUUACCUCCCCCGCAACACACCAUCGACUCUGUGGUUUCUUUUAAAAGACAGCUUAAAAAAUCUGUUUAGACAGGCAUUUGGGUAAUGUUUGUGUCUAAUAUGUUGUUUUGUUUGACAUGCUUUUAUACUUCCUUUAUAUUGUUAUAUUGUUUGUUUGAUAUGCUUUUAUUAUUCCCAUGUGAAGCACUUUGUAAUAGCUUCUUGUUUUAAAAAGUGCUAUAUAAAUAAAUUUUACUUACUUACUUAGUAGUUCACAACAUAUAUAGAUAUGACAAAUUGUAUUUUUUAAUAAACAAAAAGUGUAAAGGUUGGGAUAAACAUAAAGGUCUGCUUGUCAGCAAAUAACUACAGAGUAACUGAAGUAAUGAGGAUUCAUUAAUUCAUUGAUAGUUAAAGCUGUAUCAAUCAGGUUAAUGUCAUGAACUGAAUUAAUAAAUGCACUGUGUUACAAAUA